AUGCAGAGCCAAAGCCAUCAGCACUUGGGCGACGGUAGCACCAGCAUGGACACGUCUCUUGCAGAACAGUCGACCAAGCUCCAGCAAAAGUAUGGUAACCUCCCCGUCUUUACCAAGAACCUCCUCGGCCACCAACGUAAAUAUUUCGAUUCGGGCGACUAUGCGCUCUCGAAGGCCGGCAAGGACGCAACCGUGGGCUCGGAGCACCCGCAGCCAGAGAACAUCCCUCACUCGGUGCCGCUCAACCCCGUCUAUGGAUCGAUCCCCUCCCGCCGAGGCUCGCUUGCCAACAUGACCAUCCAGCCCAACAACGGCGCUGAACAACAAGCACUUUAA